AUGGUCAAGUUAUUUUACAAAGAAGAUCACUCCCCUAUUCGUCUUCAAUCUCAGUCGGUGGGGCUUCCCCAGCAAAUCCUCGACCCCGACCUCCUCACCGAGCUUCUCCUACUGUCCGCCCUGCUUCCUUUGCUCGUCCCACUCGUCCUCGGACUGCACGCUCGCCCCGACCAGCUACCCCUGUUCGCCCUCGGGCCCCACGCACAGCCCGACCCCUUACCCCGACUCCUCUUCAAUCGAGAGGCUUCUAAGGUGGCUCGUCAAGCACGCUCUCUAAACGACCGCUUGAAUCAGGAUGCCCCUCUUUCUCGAGGUAGGGCUUGGCUACCUUCCGAUGAUUCUGAUUCGGAUGACCAACCGCUAGCUCAAAGACUUCACCGCCGAGCCCCUCCUUCGGUGCCCGGUUCGGGCCCUUCCGCUAUCCCUUCUCCGUCUCCCCCUGUUGCAACCGCCUCUCCUCCUUCGCCUCCCAUUGCAGCCCCGACUUCUGUCCCAAGCCAAGCAGAUGCUUCUCCUGAUCCUUCCACAGUUCCGAUUGAGCCUCCGCCAGCUCCACCUUCUUCGCCAGCUCAACCUUCUACCUCGCAGCGGCCUCAGAGCACCGAGGUCGGCCCAUCGCCUCGUCCAUCCCCAGUUACCUCACCGUCGGAGCCGUCUCCCGUGCCCCCUUCAGCUCCUUCUGGGUCGGCUGCUGGACCUUCCGGAUCAGCUCCGGGGCCUUCCCAACCGUCGCCACCUGUUCCUCUUCAUUAUCUUACAACCGCUCCUUCUGAAGCUGGGCUACAGUCCCGGCGUGAUGUUCCCACCAGCACCUUGACUAUGAAAGGUCGCUUGGCCACUGUGUGGGAAGAAAGUAGGCAUCAGAUGGAACUUUUGCCACCCUUUGCCCAGAUGGAUAGAUUUUCUGAGUUAUAUAUCAAGGCUAGUUAUGCCUUGAGAGCUGAAGUAAAGGCUCUAACCAAAAGGAAGAAUAGUCUGGAAGUAUCUUUGACGGUAUCUGAUAAAGAGCUUAAGGGCCUCCAGGAAGAAAAAAGCCAGGUCGAGGCCGUGCACGAGCAACACAUGGACCAACAAGCUUUGGAGCAUCAACGAGCUAUGGAUCAAUUGACUCAGAAGCUGCGUGCCGCCAAAACUUUAGCGUAG